AUGUCCAAUUUGUGUGUUUCUGGAAUUUGGCCCCUAGGUUUCAGUGUUUAUGGAUCCAAAGUUAUCAGUUCUCAUCAAAAUAAAUUAGAUGAAGCAUUAUUAACAUCAGGAAGAGUAUCAGAUGCUUUACAAUCAUUAAUAGAAUGGUUACAGAAAGCUGAAUCUACUCUAGAAGAAGAUGUACCAGUUCUUGGUGAUCUUGAUACUGUUCACAUGUUGAAUGAACAACAUAAGGGAAUCCAACAAGAACUUCUAGUCCGUGAAACAACAGUAGAAACUAUGAGAAAUGCCAGUAAUGUACCAAAAGCUCAGAAAGAGGAACUGGGUAAUUUAUGGGAAAGAGUCAACUAUCUGAGUGAUGUUAGAGAAAAUAAACUUCGAGAUGCCAUGAAAUUGGCUGAAGAAUUCCAGGAUGUAGUGACGGUAAUGAGAGAAUUUUUACCUCAAGCUGAGUCUGAGUUGAAAUUUCGAGCCUUCCCAGAUGAUGAAGUUGCAAUAAUACAGCUUAUUGAAAGACAUGAGAAAUUCCAAGAAGAAUUACGAGGGCAUCAAGAUACAGUGGAUAAAAUCAAAACAUUAGCUGAAGAGAUAUUGAUAGGUUGUCAUCCUAAUGCUGUUAGAUUUGUUAAAUACUACCUCACUAUUACACAGACCAGAUGGGAUCAGUUGUUACAAAGAGCGAAGAGUCGUGCUGAGAGAUUACAAGAAGCAUUACACAGUAUACAGGGUAAUGCUGCUCUGUUAGAAGAACUCCUAUCCUGGUUAACUGAUGCCCAAGCAUUACUAGCUACCAAAGAACGGGAUCCAAUUCCCGAAGAUCUCCAAGUUGUUGAUACUCUUCUCAAAGAACAUUUAGAAUUCCAUGAAGAAGUUACUAAUAGAAAUGCUGAUGCCGAACGUCUCACUAAAUUGGUUACUAUGGAAACCAAAAUGUCUCCUGGAAAAAAUUUCGGCAGUAAUAUGAGAUUAAAUGAAAUAGAUGGAUACAACCCACGAGUGACAGCGUUACAGAAUCGCUGGAGAAUUGUAUGGAGAAUGUCAGUAGAAAGAAAGAAGAAAUUACAAGAUGCUUACGACACUCUAUUAGAGUUGGAGAGCUUUAAAAACUUUGAUUUCAACGUAUGGAGAGUGCGGUAUCGUAAAUGGAUAAUGAAUAAAAAGUUCCGGAUCUCAGAUUUCUUCCGACGUCAAGAUAAAGAUUGUGAUGGUGCUGUUAGUAGAGAGGAAUUUGUUCAGGGCAUGUUACAAUCUAAAUUCCCCACCAAUAAAACAGAAUUAAAUGCUGUGUUUGAUAUAUUUGAGAAGCAAGUGUUACGUAAACCUAGAAUGGCAUAUAAAGAAUUUAUAGAUGCUAUCAAACAAGAUAAGCGAAGAACCAGUGUGAGUACAUCAAAAUCAGAUAAUGAACUAAUCCAUGAUGAGAUAGAGAGAGAAGUAUCUGGUUGUCAGUGUCGAGAUCAGUUUAAAGCUCUGUACGUAGAUGAUGGAAAAUAUAGGUUUGGUGAAAAACAGAGAACGUAUUUAGUGAGAUUUUUAAACAGUACUGUGAUGGUAAGAGUUGGUGGAGGCUGGAUCACAUUAGAUGAAUUUCUGGAAACAAAUGAUCCAUGUAGAUCCAGAGGUCGUCUAAACACAGAUCUACGAGAUACUCUGCAUAUACCAAAUGAUGGGUCGCCAGAUUAUAGAACCAUACGUCGAGGCAGUGGAACACCUUUACGUAGUAUUUCACCUUUUCCAACGGGUACACGUAAACGUCAAACAGAUACAGGAUAUGCUUCUUCUAACUCUUCAGCUGGCAGUUCAGCUGACUCUUCCUUACGUCGAAGUCGAAUCACUUCCUCUAUGGUCAAUCUCUCUAACGGUAAUGGUAUGCACAAAAACCCAGACUUUGGUUCAACCGGAAGUCUAUCCAGAACGAAACGACUAAGUACAUCAUCUUCUAGUUUAACAUCAAAUGGUGCUGGACGUCCAAAAUCAAAAACACCUACCCCUGGUUCCAGUCCUGCUAACAACCCAAACAGACGAUCAGGAUCCAUGUUCCCAAGGUCAACUACUCCCACCCCUACAUCCUCGCCCUAUGGCCAAAGGUCACGACCUACAACCCCCAAUACAUUUUCUCCUAGGACCACAUCCACCCCGUCUCGUCCAGGUAGUACUACACCAACACGAGGCUUAACAAAAUCACGACAACUACCAAAAACUCCACGAUCUGAAAAAAGAUGGACUUAAUUCACAAACUUUAGAUUUUAAGAACUUUUAUAUCCUUGGGAAUAUAAUCCAGAAAGUUUGAAAUAACAGAGAUCUGUUUGUAGUGUUUUAUGGUGAAUCAGAGCAAGAUUCUACUUUACCAGAGAUAUUUCAACUUUCUCGUUGGAAUGGAGCUGAAUGCCAAAAACUAUAGAAAUCAAAGUCCAGAUAACCAAGAUUGUGUGUAGCAAUCAUUGUAGUUCAUCAUUUACUCAUUGUAUCGCUUGUACUAAACCUGCUACCACCGUGGUUGUUUGUGUGUACAUGUAUUCAAAUAAUAGUCAAAAUCUAUCAGGUAUGGGUAAAGAGUUGUGAUAGUUGUCGAUUUGAAUUAUAAAAAAUGAUUUUUUUGUCUAAUGUCAUCCAGCGCUUAUGUGUUCAAAUCUUUUCCCACAGAAAUAUUUUUAUUAAAAAUAUGAAAUGAAUUAUCAAAUUUUAUUUAUUUUUGUAUAAUUAAAAUAAUUUGAAACAGAAAAGGUUGUGUUUUCAAAAUCAAGUUCGUGCCUUGUAAGAUGUGCUAUAAUUUUCUUUUAGAUUUUGAGGUGCUAUUUAAUUCAUAUUUUCUCUCUCUAAAUUAACUAGUAAAUUCUUAGAGAGAAGUCUAUGCAAAAUGCGGAACUUUCCUUCACCAAAACAUUAUAUUCAAGUUGUUUUUAAUGAAUUUUUAAAUUUUGAUUUUAGAUUGUGAAUAUUUGUUAAGAGUUUGUGAAAAAUUGAAAUAGGCUUAUAAUAAUAACAUUCCAAAUUGU